AUCUCAAAUCACAAAAGCCUCACUCUUAGUUUCUUUUUUUUUAUCUCAUGUCUCUCUCUCUACACACACACAAAUAAAGCUUUAAACAAUUAAAAUUAGAAAGGGAACAAAUUAUUAUGUCAAAUCUAACGAAGAAGAAGUUUAAUGGAAAUGAAGAGGGUGCAAAGCAGAGGAAAGGGCCUUGGACACUUGAGGAAGACACUCUUCUCACCAAUUACAUUUCCUAUAACGGUGAAGGCCGAUGGAAUCUUCUCGCUAAAUCUUCUGGGUUAAAGAGAACCGGAAAAAGUUGUAGAUUGAGAUGGUUGAAUUACCUUAAACCCGACAUAAAGCGUGGGAAUCUCACUCCUCAAGAACAACUUUUAAUCCUCGAGCUCCACUCGAAAUGGGGUAAUAGAUGGUCCAAAAUUGCAAAAUAUUUACCCGGAAGAACAGACAACGAUAUUAAAAACUACUGGAGAACUAGAGUCCAGAAACAAGCACGCCAGCUCAACAUAGAUUCCAAUAGCCACAAGUUCUUGGAAGUUGUUCGUAGCUUUUGGGUUCCAAGACUGAUCCACGAGAUUAAAGAUAACUCAAACGGCAACAAUAAUGUUAAAGCUGAUGCUCCUGAUUUACUUGGACCCGUUUUACGAGACAAGAAUGAUUUGUGUUUCAUCAACAACAUGGAUUGUUCCACUUCCAUGUCAGUAGAUCUCAAGAAAAUUUCACAGUUCAUGGAUUUGUCUGAUCUUGAAACCACAAUGUCAUUGGAGGGAUCACGAGGGAGUAGUAGUCAAUGUGUGAGUGAAGAUUAUAGCUCAUUCGGAUUCCCUUGCCUAGAGGAGGAGUACAUGGUGGCCACUAUGGGCAAUUCAGACAUUUUAACAUUGCAGGAUUGUCACGUGGCUGAUUCCAUGUACGAGGAGGAUGUGACACAAGAUCCAAUGUGGAAUAUGGAUGACAUUUGGCAGUUUAAGGAGUAUGCACACUUUAAUUAGGUUAUAGAGCCCACAUAUAUUUAUAUGUAUGUUCUUACAAAUUGGAGGGGUUUAUCUCUUUUUUAUAUAUUAAUUGUUUUGGAUUCCUUAAUAAUGUGUUCUUAUAGUUUAUAGUUAUAUUUUGAACUAAUGGAAAUAAAUUUUAACAUUAAUU